GCGAGGGGAUCCGCGAGCCGGGGCGUCUGCGCACUCAUUUACAUUGCAGACUGCAGACUGCAGGCUGCGAACAUCCGCUGGACACUGCUACCGUUAUUAUUGUUAUUACUGUUUUUUUUUUUUUUUUUUUUUUUUUCUUUUUUUUUUUUUUUGCUGAACUGUAAGUGGUGACUUUUUGCAAGCGGGGAGACUCCAACGAACGAGGAGGGGAAUGGUUGACCGCAUGAUGGCCAUGAACCACGGACGGUUCCCGGACGGGGUGAACGGUCUCCAUCACCAUCACCCGGCCGCGCGCAGGAUGGGCAUGGGCCAGUUCUCGAACCCGCAUCCGCAGCAUCAGCAUCAGCAUCAUCAGCAGCAGCAGCAGCAACAGCAGCAGCAGCACGGCUACGGCGCUUUAAUGGGGGACCCUUUGCACUACGUCGGUGGCAACGUGAACGUGAACUCGAACCCCGGCAUCCGGCUUUCCGCGGGCUCCGGCAACGCGAACGGUGCUCUCGCGAACAGCCCCGUGCCCGUUCCGCCCGGCGGCGGCGGCGGCGGUGGCGGCGGCGGCGGCGCGCGCUACGCCUCGCAGUACGCGAGUCCCGGCGCGGGCGCGCAGGGGCAGCUCGCGGCCAGCAUGCAGCUACAGAAGCUCAACACGCAGUACUACGGGCACCACGCGCAGCAGCAGCCCCACCACCACCACCACGCCCACCAGCAGCCCCCCCACCACCCGCACCACCUGCCCCCCUACGUGUCCGAGCUGCACCCCGCGAGCCACCAGGCAAGCGCCGGCGGCCCCGCGGCGCAGUUCAUGAGGGACUGCAGCCCGAAGCUGGGCGGCGCGGGCGCGCACGCGCCGGCGCACGCCCACCACGUGCCCGCGGCAAUGCUGCCCCCUAACGUCAUCGAUACGGACUUCCUGGACGAGGAGGCGCUCACGUCGCUGGUGGUGGAGAUGGGUCUGGACCGCAUCCAGGAGCUGCCCGAGCUGUGGCUGGGCCAGAACGAGUUCGACCUGGUCACGGACCUGGUGUGUAAGCAGCAGCCGAGCAGAGUGAGCUGCUGAUCCAUCCUCCCCAGCAUCAUCUCCACUGGACCUCGGGGAGAGGGGGAGGGAGUGGAGUGGAGUGGAGUGGAGUGGGGUGGCUGGGUGGGUGGGUGGUGUGGGAUUGGGGGACGGCGACAUCAUCAGACAAAAUAACAAAACGCUAAUUUUUAUAGAAUAAAGCAGUUUUCUUCAGUGACUCACCCUGGGCUCGGAGUCCCGUUGAUUGGGG